AUGAACAUCGAAAAUAUCCUGCGUGAUAUUCUCGAUGUAACAACUUAUAACACGUUCAUGUACUACGGCUCCUCUGGCUCCCCUGUGUUUGAUAACCAGUGCAAGGUCUUUGGGAUGCACUCAGCAGGCUUCACCUACAGCUUACCAUCAGAAACCAGCAGUGUCAUUGAAUUUUCACGCCCUGUGGGCCUGAUCUUUGAGAGGAAGUCAGAGGUAUGGGUGGAGGAGGAGGUGGAGGUCAGAGUGUGUAGAGGAGGAGGAGGUCAGUGUGAGGAGGAGGUCAAGGUGUGGGAGGAGGAGGUCAGAGUGUGUGGAGGAGGAGGUCAGAGUUGUGUAGGAAGGAGAGGUCAGAUGGUGAGGAGGGAAGGAGUAGUCAAGGUCGAGGAGGAGAGAGUUGAGGAGGAGGGGAGUUCAGAGUGUGAGAGGAGGUCCAGAGUUGGAGAGGAGGCGGGAGGACCGAGUGUGAAGGAUGGAGGAGUAGGUCACAGUCUGAGGAGGAGGAGGUCAGAGUGUGGACAGGAGGAGGAGCAGAGUGGUGGUGGAGGAGAGUCAGAGUGUGAGGAGGAGAGGGUCCGAGUGUGUGAGGAGGAGGCGUACAAGUUUGAGGUCGGAGGAGGUACAGAUGUCAGGCGGCCGGACGAGUUGUGGAGGAAGAGUAGUCAGCAGUCUCUGAGAUGCGGAGGACAACCAGUUGGGCGGAGGAGGAGGAUCAGAGUGUGA